CGUGCCUCCACUUUGUGAACAUCCUCAUACAUUCUUCUCAACCUUGAACGCUCUUCUCUGCGUCCUCUAGCAGAUUCACUUACUAGUACAUCUACCCUCUCACAGAUUCAUCGCUCAUCCUCACACCAUGGCCGAAGGCAUCGACAGAGAUGCGGAAGGCCGCAUGGAGUUCACUACCUCUAAAGAAGUCACAGUGGCGCCAACGUUUGAGGACAUGCAUCUCAAAGAAAACCUCCUUCGCGGUAUCUAUGCCUACGGAUACGAGUCCCCUUCGGCAGUUCAGUCUCGCGCCAUCGUUCAAAUUUGUAGAGGAAGUGACACCAUUGCCCAAGCGCAGUCAGGUACCGGCAAGACUGCAACAUUUUCCAUCAGUAUUCUCCAGGUCAUUGAGACAUCAGUGAGGGAGACACAAGCACUCGUCCUCUCUCCUACCCGCGAACUUGCCACCCAAAUCCAAAGCGUCAUCAUGGCCCUGGGUGACUACAUGAACGUUCAAUGUCAUGCCUGUAUCGGUGGUACAAACGUCGGCGAGGAUAUCCGCAAACUCGAUUAUGGUCAGCAUGUCGUGUCAGGUACUCCCGGUCGAGUGGCCGACAUGAUUCGCCGUCGAAACCUGCGCACACGUCAUAUCAAGAUGCUUGUCCUCGACGAGGCCGAUGAGCUCCUGAAUCGCGGUUUUCGAGAACAGAUCUACGAUGUUUACCGAUACCUUCCACCCGCGACGCAAGUGGUGGUCGUAUCUGCGACUCUGCCAUACGACGUUCUGGACAUGACGACUAAAUUCAUGACCGACCCUGUCCGCAUUCUCGUCAAGCGAGACGAACUGACCCUCGAAGGGCUCAAACAAUAUUUCAUCGCUGUGGAGAAGGAAGACUGGAAAUUUGACACUCUCUGUGAUCUUUACGACACUCUGACGAUCACACAGGCGGUCAUCUUCUGUAACACUCGGCGCAAGGUGGAUUGGCUGACGGAUAAGAUGCGUGAAGCCAAUUUCACUGUCAGCAGCAUGCACGGAGAAAUGCCUCAGAAAGAGCGAGACAGCAUUAUGUCGGACUUCCGACAGGGUAACAGCAGAGUGUUGAUCAGCACCGACGUUUGGGCUCGAGGCAUUGAUGUUCAACAAGUCAGUCUGGUCAUCAACUAUGAUCUUCCCUCGAAUCGAGAGAACUACAUCCACCGAAUCGGUCGCAGCGGGCGAUUCGGCCGCAAAGGUGUCGCUAUCAAUUUCGUCACAAGUGAGGAUGUCAGGAUUCUCCGCGACAUCGAACUCUAUUACUCUACUCAGAUCGAUGAAAUGCCCAUGAACGUCGCGGACCUUCUGACCUAGACGCAUUUGGUGGCAAUGACCCCAGUGGUUCAUUUCUAUUCUAAAUGGCACAUGUCGGAUUGUGCGCAGCAGACCACCACUUACACCCAAUCUGCGAAGCCUGGGCCAGACUCCAAUCUCGACUGGGUUUUGAAUUCCUCACUUCAAUUUGCAAAUUGUUAGGACACUAGAGAAACGCAGCUUCGGGCGGCGUCAAAGCAAUUUGCCAUAGUGCAAAGUCGACGCCGAUGCAGAGAGAGACUGAACACCCCUUCGCUGCUCACAGGAAAUGCCCAAUGUAGGCACAGGUGCAGCAGCUUAAACGUCUGCAAUGUUGGAAGUUGGACGAGCAACACGACAACUGCAUGGUCUCACAGAAAAAGCAUUUUAGGGCUUUGGAGAUUGUUUCAUGGAUGGAAAUGGGCUGAAAUAGUCAAGAAUGCAAUUAUCAUAAUCAUUAUGAUUCCCAAACUAGGUCAAGUUGCUCUUAUGCUUUGAUCCCAUCCCUCACGCGGUGACGUCGAAUUUAGCAAAGUAAUCCCUCUUGGCGGCCUCGAACUCGUUGAUUAUGGUUUCUCUCCUUUUUUCACUCCUGACCUGGAUGUCGAGUGCAUAUGGUUUUGCGCAGACUAAAAAGCCCUCGCUGUAGCCAGUGGUGGGGUCAACAUCUGGGACAACGUCUUGAUCCUGGUCGUCUUUGCCGGGCUUGAAGUCAAAGGCCCAAAGCAGUUUUGAGAUGGCCAGGAACAGAUUGCGCUCCGCCAGAUGAAUGCCGGGACACAGCCGACGUCCCGCACCAUAACCAUAAUGAUCUCGGUCGUCAGGGUUGACACUCUGAGCCAGCUCCGAGGCCAAUGCGGUGACGCCUUUGUAGUGAUCUGGGUCGAAAGUAUCGGGGUCGGGGAAGCGGACGGGGUCAUGAUGGAUGCCCCACGCGUUGAGGAAGACGACACUCCCUUUUGGGAUCUUGUGGCCGUCGAUCCAGUCAUCUGAAACAAGGGGUUGUUAGUGAUAUUGUCUGGGUCCUCCAAUCUUCAUCGUCAGACUCACCUUCAUCUGCUGCGUGCGGGAAUGCCAAUGGUACAACGGGACGCCAACGCAUGGCCUCUUUGACGGUUGCUGCCACGUAGGGUAGUUUGUCAUAGUCUGCCCAGACGGGGGAGCGGUCUUCCCCAACGACAGAGUCGAUCUCGCGCUGGGCCUUCCGCAUGACUUCAGGCCACUUGACAAAGGCCUGAACAGCAGAUAAAAUGAUACUGGAACUUGUGUCACUGGCUCCCUCCAUCAUGGUGCCACCGAGGAAAUACAACUGGUGCUUGUUCAGCUCCAGCUUGUCUCGUUGGUCCAAGACUCGAUCCAUAAAGGAGAAUCGAGGGCCGACUUUUUCGCGGCGUCGCUCCAGACCCUCGAGCAUGUCGCAGUAUAGGCCGUUCAUGGCAUCGCCGACGUGUGUCGCACGCGACCUCCAGUUUCCAAACAACUUCUCGGGGAUCCAGUGCAAAAAGGGGAAGAUGUCAACAGGAGGCGUGUUCCCAGGCUCCAUAACGACAGACCAGUCUUCCAUCAAAUGAUACAACCUCUUCAUAUGCGGCGUGUCGAUAGAAGGAGACCUCACUCCCCAGAUCGUGCCACAGGCAAUGCUAUUGGUGAACCGCUUAGGAUGCCACAUAUGAUUCUCAGGGUCAGUGAGAUAGUCAUAAAGCAAUUGAGAGCC